AUGACCUCGCGAGAGGGAAGUAUUUCCUCAAGUAGCGAGACGCGCGUUGCGGAACAUCUCGACGACGCAGAAUUUCCGGAGGGUGGAUUUCGUGCUUGGAUGGUCGUACUUGGAUCCUUUCUCAUCUACUUUGCAUCUUUUGGAGUAAUAAACAGCUUCGGAACAUUCCAGGAAUUUUAUAUCAGCGAUUUCCUCUCGAACUACUCUGCAACUGUGAUCGCAUUCAUCGGUUCACUUCAAAUCACCCUUCUUUAUGUAUCUGGAGUUGUAAUUGGGCCAAUAUUUGAUGCCAAAGGCUUUAAGUACCUCUAUCCAAUUGGAAUGCUUGGAAGCAUAGCCGCACUAAUAGGACUCUCAUUCACACGACCCCACCAGAUUUGGCAGCAGUUCCUUUCUCAAGGCGUCCUCUUCGGGUUUGCCGUUGGAUGCGGAUACUAUCCUGCACUAUCAAUUGUCGGUCAUUACUUCCAACGUCGCAGGGCUCUAGCAAUGGGAAUAGUCGCCGCUGGGAGCAGUGUGGGAGGCGUCUGUUUUCCUAUCAUGUUCUCCAGACUGUUCCAAACGAUCGGUUUCGCUUGGUCGGUAAGAGUUGCUGCUUUAAUUACGCUGUUCUGUUACUCUGUUGCGAUGCUUAUUUCAAGGACUAGAUUGCCGCUGAAACCGUUCAAAGGACCCAGAGCCCUUGUUGAUUUCGGAGGAUUCAGAGAUCCUCGUUACGCUGUGCUCGCGUUCGGCUGCGUACUCGUGAACCUUGGGCUAUAUUCGCCAUAUUAUUACAUAGAGCCUUUUGCCGUUCUUUAUGGAGUCUCCGACUCCAUACAUCCGUUCUUACUAUCCAUGAUUAAUGGAGUGUCUUUCUUUGGGCGUAUCAUUGGCGGUCAAUGGGCGGACAGAUAUGGACGCUUGAAUAUCUUGUGUCCUGCUACUCUCAUCUCCGGGAUACUAUGCCUUGCCCUUUGGUUACCCUCAAGAGGCGCCGUGUCAUUCAUUAUCUUCGCUUGUCUUUAUGGCUUUUUCUCCGGAAUCUUCAUCUCGGUCUCGUCCGCUGCAGUGGGCCAGAUAUCUCCAGUGGACAAACUAGGCGCUCGGAUUGGGACUUUCUUUUUACCUACUGCCGUUGCGACGCUCGUCGGUACUCCUAUUGGCGGUGCGUUUGUAAAGACAGGCUCGAAAGAAGAAUACCAUCACGUCGCCAUUUUUGCGGGAAGUAUGAUUGUCGUUGGUAGUAUUUUGCUUUACAUUUCCCGUCUCUUAUGCUCGAAGGACAUCAGGGCAAAAUGGUAA